AUGCAUGACUUUGAGCGCGUUACCCGCAACGUCGUCCGCACUUUUUACGACCCCCCGCCUACUAACGAUUCCAACGAACCUAUAUGGCUGCUAGGCCAGCGUUAUGAUCCCCGACCUCCGCCGUCCAAGCCUACGCCCACUGAUUCGCCAUCCGCUGGGACACCAACGCCCUUGUCCGAGCGCAACGAAGAUGAAAGCUGGAUAAGAACCAGCAUCGAAGAGACAGAGCGCAAAGAAGCUCCAAAUGGCGAGGACCCAGCACAAUACGGCAACUGGCCCUCUGCCUUCCUCGACGACUUCGAGUCGCGCAUAUGGAUGACCUACCGCUCUGGCUUCACAGCCAUCCAGAAGAGUCAAGAUCCAAAGGCAACAAGUGCCAUGAGUUUUCGCGUGCGCAUGCAGAACCUGGCCUCGCCGGGCUUUACGUCGGAUACAGGCUUUGGAUGCAUGAUCAGGAGCGGGCAGUGCAUCCUCGCCAACGCGCUGCAGAUACUACGUCUCGGACGGGACUGGAGAUACCAAGAGAAGCCUGAUGCGAAGGAGCAUCAAGAAAUACUCUCCAUGUUUGCCGAUGAUCCGAAAGCACCCUUCUCUAUCCAUCGCUUCGUCGAGCAUGGCGCUGCUGUGUGUGGAAAGUACCCCGGAGAGUGGUUCGGUCCCUCGGCGGCAGCACGUUGCAUACAAGAUCUAGUGCACAAGCACAAGGAAGCUGGGCUGAGAGUGUACGUGUCGGGCGAUGGAGCCGAUGUGUACGAGGACAAGCUAAAGCAGAUCGCCAUGGAGGAUGACGGAGAAUGGCAGCCUACGCUGAUCUUAGUCGGCACGAGGUUGGGCAUCGACAAGAUCACUCCAGUAUACUGGGAAGCGCUGAAGGCGAGCUUGCAGAUGAAGCAGAGUAUCGGUAUCGCAGGUGGCCGUCCAUCAGCAUCACAUUACUUUGUAGCCACACAGGCGAACAACUUCUUCUACCUCGAUCCCCAUAGCACACGCCCACUCCUACCCUACCGCCCUCCCUCAUCGUCCGCCGAAAGCCAGGCAACCGCAUCGACGUCCACACUUGAAGCCUCAGGAACAUCCACGUCCUCAUCCACAACCAUCGUCCCCGCAUCAAGCACAUCCUCAUAUUCGACAGAAGAGCUCGCAACCUGUCACACACGCCGCAUCCGCCGUCUUCAAAUCCGCGAGAUGGAUCCCUCGAUGCUCCUCGCCUUCCUCAUAACAUCGCAGGAAGACUACGAUAAUUGGAAAGAAGGCGUCCGCAGCGUGCAAGGUAAGAGCGUGGUCCAUGUGCAAGAUAAAGAGCCAGCGCCACGAGGACAGGAGAGAGAGGGCGCUAUUGACGAAGUUGAGAGCUGGGAUGAGGAUGGCUUACCAUAG